CGACCGAAUUCGUGGUCGCAUUUUUGCAUUCGACUCUUGAAAUAUUUCCAAAGAUAGGUGGGAGCAUUGUUCGAAGACUGCGCGGUGCUGUCGCUCGAGAAGGGUGGUUGGAGCGUUCGAGGCUCGGGUCACAGUACGGAUGAAUCCGUAAAAAACCAUGGAGACGUUAAACUAGGGGUACGAGACGAGACGCGACGCGACGGUAAGAGUUGCGUAGUAAAACGGUGGAUCGAGAUUGCGCACAGGAACACGCGACGAGAGACCGACUAUAUAUCGGCCGUUGAGCCAGCAAUGCGGGAAUGUGUGUCAGGCCGGGCUGGCUUGGAGCUUGAGUCGGCGGUGGUGGUCAGUGUUCGACGGUGUUCCAGUCAGGUUUCGCGGAUAGGUGGUAGCGCGCGCGGUUCGUAGUGUCGCAGUACCGCGCGCACCUCUACCCUUCCCCGAUUACUUUUUUUUCCUAUUCGUUCCAGUUCGUUUUCGCGCGGCCUAUCGCAUCGGCUUGGUACGAUACACCUGACAUAUUCCGGCAGUUUUUUGCCGACACACAGGGGACCACUAUAAACCAUCGUUGCCAGGCUAAUUUCACUGUCGUUCGGCUCGAGGAGAAAUCCAAGAAAGUGGAACAACGGGACCAAUCGAACGAACGAUCGACGAAAACCAGACGGAAGAAGAGGCCAGGCGAUAAAAGCUCGACGUUCCCUCGGAUCAUUGCUCUCUCGAGACUUCGGUUCCGACGAAAGGUGCGACGAAGGAUACCAUGAGCUCGAUAGACCCGUGCCAAGUUCGCAGGAAAACACGCGGAGAAAGAAGAAAAAAGAGAUAGGGGGGAGGGGGGCACGGUGAAGUUUCUCUCCUGGAGAGAAGACCGCAGUCGUCGAACCGUGAACGUCGUUCGCCUGCUCUUCGAACCGUCCAAUUGCGAAUUAUUGGCAACGACUCGACGAAGAAAACUCGCGGACGAAUUGCCGUCUGGUAGUAGUCGAUCAUGUUCAAUCUGUAUCAGAAUUUGAACAAAAGAGACGAGGAUCACAAAGAACCGGACGUUACCGGGCAUGACAGGUUUUGGCAGGAGCGGCCGAGAACGCGGCGGAAACGUCGCGCCGUCAACCGAAGAACCCAGAGUGCCAUCGAACUCGAUUCCGAGGCCAUAGUAUCGGCGCGUGGCACGCUCCGCCGUGGAAGAAGCGCGAGCAUCGAAGAUGAGGAGAGCGACGAAGAGAAGGGCUAUCAGCUGACGAAUAAGAUCGACAAUCUAGCGAAAAUAUUGUUUAGUCGCGUGUCCGCCGCACGAGGUUGCAAAGAAUCGGACGUAAGAAAUGGAAGGCACAGCUACACGGCAUUGGGCCACGGACCAUCGGUUUGCGAGGAUGUCGGCGAGUGCAUGGAAAUGGAGAAAAGAUCUCGAGAUCGUGCUUUAUCAAUUUGCCAGGCUUAUAUCCGAAGAACGCCGCGCUAUAGUCUCGUCAAGCAGCUGAAUAAUCUCGGCUCGAGAGUGGACAAACAUUGGUUCGCGGUGAGGGACGUUUCCCUGAAGACCGAUCGACUGAUCACCUUGGCUCCGUUGAGCAGCAACUGCUCGCUGAUCGUUUCUUCGCUGACAAAGAACAUUUUAAGCGACUUGUUUUUGGCCUUACAACAUCCGUACAUAUGCCCUAUAUUCGACAUUGAUUUUCUCGAAUACGAACGCGAGAAUUACGUGAUCGUGGUUCAGCCGAUCAGUCAAGGUAGCCUGAAAGACUUGAUAUACGGGAUCGAAAGGACCGGCUGGAACGAGGAUUGGAGCCAAAAGUACGCGGCUCGCGGCAAAGGACUUCCCUUGCCUCAGAUUCAGCAAAUGGGCCGCCAAGUGUUGGAAGCGUUGAUAUUUCUAAAGAAAAGGGAGUUCCCGAUGGUGAUGCAUUUACAUUCGGGCAACGUGCUCGUUCAGAACGGCGUUGCUCGACUCGCCGGCCUCGAGAACACGCUCCUCGGUUUCACCAGCCGUAUACAUCCAGUAAUCGCUUCGCGAAUCUCACAGACUACUCCCAUCGACAUCGUGUCCUUCGGUCAUAUGCUAUUUGAAAUGUGCGCCGGUUACGAAUUGCGAUCGUUUAAACCGAAUUCCAUGCAUCUCUCGGAUCUUGAAAUGUAUCCACAAGUGAUCGAGCUACUGAAGUACAUAUUCGGCGAGCCAACUAGUCGGCGAAGAAACAUCGAAGAGCUUCUAGUUCACGACUUGUUCAGAAACAUCGAUCUUCGCGAAAUGCGGUGCGCACCAGUGACGAGUCUCGGGCUUGGACAUGGUCGAUGUCGAUGCUUUGUCUCUGCACAGACCGGACACGGUUUGCGAACAUUCGCUGCUCGACGAAAUCUACAACGAGCUUUCGAACACGGCUGUAUAAUUCCAUGGGAACAAUGUUUUUUUUCGAGACGCGACGAUUCGAUCGGAAAACGCGUAGUCGCUGUUUCUCGAGUAUCUUAUAUACAUAUGUAUAAUAUAUAUUCCUAUCUUUCUGUACCAAGUGCCAAACACAUUCGAGAGUUUCACAUUCGAAUUCUUUACGAUUUCACGGGGCGAGAUAGAUUUAGCAAAGGGAACAUAACGGAACGACGAAACGCAUAGAGCAGGAAAAAUAAAGAUAAGUCGCAUGCGUACGGUCCAUUUUAUUAUUUGAAAUAUUAAAACACACCCAAGACACCCGUAUCUAUGAAAAAUGUAGAGAAUUAUUGUGAAAUAGUACUUUACAGACACAUCCAAGACUCGACAGUUUCUCUUUCUUUUUGUUCGUCGAGUUUUUCUCGCAUGUUUCUACUAUGCUUUUUUACCAGAUUCCGAAGCAGCAGAGACGAUAUUAACGAUAUUAACGAUAUUAACGAUAUUAACGAUAUACAAGGGCAACGCGAAUCGUUCGCUAAAGACAACAAAAGAGAGUCUCGAACAUCUCCCUCCUCCUCCUCCUCCUGCUCGUACUCCGUCUGUCCGUCACCUGCCCCCUCUCCCAACAGCACGAGAGACUCCGCCGGUCGGAACAUGUCCUCCGGUUACAAGACACGAUUUCGAACCGUCGUCACGGAACGGUACCAACGAAAACAACUUCUCGCUGUAUCAAUCGCGUGCUGUGUGUGUGUGUGUGUGUGUGUGUGUUCGUUACGGUUAAAUCCGCAUAUAUCGUCGAUUCUAAAAUACGAACGAGGGUGUCGCUCCAUGCGUGGAAGAUCGGUCGAGGUGCGACACUGGUGUACGUUCAAUCUGGCACGCGUCUAUAUACUAUACACAUUUUAGAUGUUGGGCCGUGGAGGGGCAGUAGUCCAGAUUUUUACUUAAAAUCUGUACCCUGAUUACCAUUGUAUAUUACCAGGGUAAAUACACCCGAAAAGGAAAAUUUCGCCUAUACCCGAAAUGAAAAAAAUAAAAAGACGAUUCGACGGAAAUGCUCGCCGCUUGUUUGAUUUAUCCUAGAAUCGUGUAUGCGUAAACGGGCCUCAAGAUCGGUAGUAAAAAUAGACAUUAUUGCUU